AUGAAUUGUACGAAAUGGGCAGGAGUGUUUGUAGGAGUGGGCCAAUAUGUUCCACAUGCUGUUGCUUUUAGGGAAGCUGUGUACAGGUUCAGUAUUGCAGAGAAGUUUGCAGCGAGAUAUAUCAGGAAUAGUAAAGAGAAGAUGAAUGCGAGCUAUAAAGUAGAAGGGUGUCCUUGGAAGAUAUGUGCAAAUGCUGUUGGAAAGAACAGUCAUCUAUUACGUGUGACUACAUUUUGCAAUAAGCACAUUCAUUCAGCCCAAGACAAUUUGAUUGUGACUUAUGGUGGGAGUGCUGCGUUGACAUCAUCAGUAAUAGUUGAAGAGAUAAGGGACCAUGCUGAAAAACGGCCCACUGAGAUAAGGAAGAUGUUGGAGAGGGAGUAUGGUGUGAGGCUUACAUAUUGUCAGGCAUAUAGAGCAAAGGAAAAGGCAAUGGAAGAAAUACAUGGGAAACCGGAACAGUCCUAUAUGUUAAUACCAUGGUUAUGUGAAAGGUUGAAGGAAACUGAUGACAAAACGGUUGCUGAAUGGGCCUCCAUUGGUAAUAGAUUUAAGCGUGUGUUCAUUGCAUACGGUGCAUGUGUUGAGGGUUUUUUGAACGGUGCAAGGCCUAUAUUAUAUGUUGAUGGUACUCAUUUAAGUAGUCCAUAUAAGGGGACGUUACUGUCAGCUUCGGCAUAUGAUACGGAUAAUGAGAUGUUGCCGUUUGCAAUAGCAGUGGUGAAGGGAGAGAAUCUUGAUGACUGGACGUGGUUUUUUCAUAAGAUUAAACAAAUAGUUGGUUCAAUGCAACUGACUAUUGUGUCAGAUAGACAUAAUUCUAUAAUUGGUGCUGUGCAAGCAAUAUUUGGGGGUGAAAGGCAUGCAUACUGUUAUAGGCAUGUGAAGGAGAACUUUAGCUCUGAAUAUAUGAAAUUAAACAGAGGUCGGAGAAGGACAAGUGAAAAUUCAAAGGAAGAUGCAUUAAAGGUACUGGAUAAAGUGGCUUAUGCAAGACUUGUGGAUGAGUUUGAUCAUGCACUGGAUGAUCUCAAAACCAUGUCUCAUGAGUUAUAUGAGUGGGUUAUCAAUCAAGGUGAUGUGGAUAGGUGGGCAUUGAGCAAGUUCCCAUAUAGAAGGUGGGACAACAUAACAACUAAUUUAGCUGAAUCUUUUAAUGCUUGGAUGGUAAGGGAGAGGAAGCAUAACGUGGCCCAAAUGAUCCAUGAGCACCGGGAGAAAGUAGCAAGAAAGAUGCAUGCAUCAUAUGCAGCAAUGACUAAGUGGAGUAAUUGCGUUGGGCCAAAAAUAGAGGCAAAAGUAUUGGAGCAUGUGUAUUUCGGUAGGUACAUGCACUGUGAGAAUUAUGGAGGGGGAAGAAUAUGCAUGCACACAUCACGUGGAGACCAAAGAGUGGACCUUGGCCUACACAAAUGUAGCUGUGGAACUUGGCAAAUGUUAGGGAUUCCAUGCUCACAUGCUUGUGCAGCCAUUAAGACCAUAGGGGGAAACGUUAAUGAUUAUGUUGAAGAGUGUUACAAACGUUCAUCCCAAGAAAAAAUCUAUGCCCGGAGCAUGGUUCCAGUGGUGACAAUUGAUAUGCCUCACCUGAAUGACUAUACGGUUAAUCCUUCUUAA